AUGUCUUUGUCGAAAACUGCGAGCUUGCUUCUCGCCUCGGCUGCGCUGGUCGCAGGCCACGGCUAUGUUAACAGUAUUGACGUCGAUGGCACUACCUACGGCGGAUAUCUGAUUGAUACCUAUUACUACGAAUCCGAUCCUCCCAAGAUCAUUGCGUGGUCCACCAAUGCUACCGACGACGGCUUCGUUGCUCCCACAGCCUACAGCUCGUCUGACAUUAUCUGUCAUCGUGGUUCAGCUCCUGCAGCACUAUCUGCACCAGUCACCCCCGGUGGCUCCGUGAAAAUGACCUGGAGCACUUGGCCAGAUGACCAUCAUGGCCCAGUGAUUACCUACCUCGCCAAGUGCGAUGGCGACUGCGCCGAUGUGGAUAAGACCACACUGGAGUUCUUCAAGAUCGAUGCGGGUGGACUUAUCAGCGAGACUGCGAUCCCUGGAACUUGGGCAUCUGAUGAGCUCAUCGAGGCCAGCUAUAGCCGAACCAUGACUAUCCCGUCUGACAUCGAGGCUGGAAACUAUGUCCUUCGCCACGAAAUUAUCGCACUUCACAGUGCUGAGAACACCGACGGAGCCCAGAACUACCCCCAGUGCAUCAACCUGAAGGUGUCAGGCAGCGGUACUGCUACUCCCAGUGGAACUCUCGGAACUGCUCUCUACAAGGCCAGUGACCCGGGUAUCUUUGUCAAUAUUUGGAACACUCUCAGCACUUAUGAUAUCCCUGGUCCCACGCUUUAUACCGCCGGUAGUGCUGCUACCGCCACUGCCGCCGCUGCUUCAUCUGAAUCGACCUCCACUACAACUUCUUCUGCUACCGAGAGUACUACUACUGCUGCCGCCGCCGCUGCGGUGACAACUGUGGCCGCUUCUUCUCCCUCUGAUCCCACAGAGUCAGUUUCGCAAGCCAUUGCCGUCGCUAGUACUACUUCUACCGCUAGCAGCUCUACCUCUACCUCUGGUGUCCUAAGUGGAUCGUGUAGCCAGGAGGGAUACUGGUAUUGCAAUGGUGGCUCGGCUUUCCAACGCUGUGUUGACGGAGUAUGGGAUGCUUCUCAGAGCGUGGCUUUGGGAACAAAGUGCACUGCUGGUAUCUCUGAGGAUCUCACCAUAUCUGCCACAGUUCAGCGCCGACAGGAGUCUCACCUACGUCGCCACAAUGCUCGCGUCAACCACAUGUCUUAA